UUGACGGUAGAGGUCGAGGUGGGGUGACGUCUGGUCCAGCUGGCUCCCUCCCAGCUGUGCCUCACUCAGCUGGCUAGGUGUGGUCUGCACACUCCAUGUAAACAAACAUUAUACAAGCCCCUCUAGGACGUGCAAGCCUUCCUUACUAGUUCAGAGACUAUCAGCUUAUAAAUCUCGAGUGGCUGACGAAGUAUAGGCAACUUAAAAGGUUCCGUCCUCUUCAGUGCCAGGCGUCGUCGGUGUCUGCCUGUUCCGUCUGAAUCACCUCCUCCUCCUCCUCCUGGUAUUGUACCUACAUACACAAUUACGGAUGUGACGCUAGGCGCACUAAUCUCUUCACUACUGGCACAGUUUUGCUUCCGCGAGCACACUUCACUUUCAUCAAGAGCUACAAUAAUGUGCACCAAUGGUUGAUGCUGGUUGUCUCGUACCUUGAGCUAGCUGUGUUUAUAUGCUGAUUUAUCCUCGGAAAGUGCGUUGCUUUUUGACAAAAUACUUUUGGUUUUGUUUACCAUAGAAGAGGCUUGCUACGCACUCUAAAUGCACCAAGAGACGGCAUUUGGGCAGACUACUGUAGCUGCUGGAGCCUCGACCCCAGACCUUGUGUUUACACAGGCUUGCCCCGUCUGAUCCUGGUUAUUAUGUGAAGGUUGACGCCACAUAUUUUUGGUUACUCUCCCAAGUCUCUGCACCCGAGCUGUGACCUCUUCUCGCCGUGUUUACGUCCCGUGCAGUAGACAAUCACCUCAUGGUCCUUGAACGUCGUCACUGAUGCGGCCCAUUAACCCAAUCUGCUGCAGUCUCCCCACCCCCACCAAUGGACCCUCCCAAACACUUCCCCCACCUUGCAAUAUGUCCGCUAUUGUGACCCCGGCGGCCCCUGUGGCGGCCCCUGUGGCGGCCCCUGUGGCGGCCCCUGUGGCGCCCCCUGUGGCGCCCCCUGUGGCGCCCCCUGUGACGGCCGCUCUGGCGCCCCUUGUGGCGGCCCCGGCGGCUGCUGUGACGGCCCCUGUGACGGCCCCUGUGACGCCCCCUGUGACUGCCCCGGCGGCCGCUGUGACGCCCCCUGCAUCAAUGACGGAAGUGAGGGAAGUGAUGCAAAGUUGCACCACCAGCGACCCCGUAGAUUGCGAGCCUUCAGAGUUUAGCAGCACCACCACCACCACCACCACCAGUAGUAGUGAUCCUGUAGAAUCUAUUAUAGGUGACGAUGCAGGUUUCAACACACACUCUAGUCAUGGGAUAGUUUUAUUACAGCCGGUGACAUCUCAGCUGGCCCCAAGUGCACCCAUAGCCGAGGAAGAGGACCUUGGUGGCACCACACCAGGAUCUCAAGGGUCACCCAUGAACUCUGCUGACCACAAUGACCCCCACAAUCUACCCAAGUCAGCUGUUGUUAGCAGUCCUCAAUUUGUAGAAGAACUGGUGCCAUCUGAAGCAGCAGUGGAUACCAUUGACGGCGCCAUCUACACCUAUGGUCCAAGUGCUCCUGACUUGCCCCCAUAUUCGGAAAAUUUCCUCUCGCCGUCGAGCCAAAGGAUGAAUGAGAACAGAGGCAUUCGUGCCCUGGUCCAGCCCAAGGUGCGGGAGGUCCGUGUGGGUGUGAAUUUGGUGCGUGCGGCCAGGAGGUUGUUGUCGUUCCUGGCUAGUGUGAAUAGUCAGCCAGCCCUCUACCGGGGUCCUCUUGUCACCCAAGCACUUCGCAGGUAUGAGGAGUGCUGGUUGCCGCUGGUUGGCCAUGGGGAGAGUAGUGGCAUUGCUCCCCCUGAGGACGUCCACUGGGUGUGGCUGGUACACAUGCUGGCCCCACAACACUACCACCAAGACUGUCUCAGUGUUACCGGCACCUGCGUCCCUCACAGACUCAUGACCCCCAAGGGCUUGGAGAGAGCCCGGGAGAGGGGGAAGAAAUUAUGGGAGGCCGCGUAUCCCAGUGAACCCUGGGAGGUAAUUCUGUUCGAGGAUGGGAGAACAAGCGUUACCACCGACCAGGAAGUCAAUUGUAAUGAUAGUACUGCCACGUCUCGGAUCUCGUAUGACCUACGUGCUGCUGUGGAGAGACAGGGAGCAUUUUUCUAUCAGGUGUGUCUUCCUCAUCACCGGUCGAAGGGCUUCCUGAGGUACAGUGAGCGACGCUACAGGCAGUUCCUGGCACUGAAGAAGGCCUGUCCGGACCAGUUCCUGGUCCCCUGUUACGACAUGGAUGUCAUGUGGCAUGCUCACCAGGUGCAUCCCGUCGUGUACAAGAACGACACGGAGGCCCUACUAGGCAAGAUCCUGCCCCACGAUGAUUCGGUCAACGACAGAUCCCCAGGCUCCAGGCUGGUCUCUUCAGAUGGUGAAACGCGCGCCUUGUGGAGCUCCGCGUACGGUACCACCUUCAGGAGGGAGGGCUCCAUGUACCGUAGUGACCCCCCGGCAUCGUACCUCUCGCCCGUACCCCGCAAGGUCACCCACGCCGCCCAUGCCUGCGUCUAUCACUGCCAGAUCACCAAGCUUGCGAUCAGUGGCAACGCACCUGACGGACCCAUCAAAAUAAAGAUCAAACACGAGGCGAAGAAGGUGGCGGAGUUGAGUCUGUUCCACGAGCAAGAGAAAGGUGUGUCUGAACAUAAUGUGUCAGACCUUGGCCUCUCCUUCUCCCUCCACGACCAUAUGGUCAGUGACUGGUUGGUGCUUAAAAUGUCUCCUAAGAGGAGAUUUAGCAAAUUGAUGAAAUAUUUUGGUCAUGGACAUUUUUGGUGCAUGGCCUAUCUUAACGAACUUCAUGACAUCAAAACAGAAGGGACGAUUGUCAAGGAAUUUGAAGAUGCAGGAGCUAUAGUUCAAGUAACCCUGCGGGUGGUACAAAGUACAAUCAAAGCUUUUGUGCCAUUAGGGAUCCUUACUGGUCCCUUUAUGCCUACUGUUCUGGAUCCUGAAGCCCUAACACACAUGCAAGGCAUUGUCACGAGUAAUAGUGAUUCGUCUAAUGAUAUCUUUCUGGCCGAGAUGGCUACUCAUCGUUUGAUCAACGAGACCAAAUAUCAAAAGCCACAAGUCUUGGAAGUAGAGGUGUACCAUUCUCGUAACCUGAUGAUGUCUGCCGUCCAUCUUUAUGCUGAAAGUGCCUCGGGGCGUAGCCUAGUGGCUCUUGCCCACACUCUUGAUGCAAACAGUUUGCCUUCCCCAGCGUCUCUCAAAUACAAAGCUUCAAAUAAUAUGGUAAAUGAAAUACCUGUGUGUGAUAUUAGUGGUGGAGAACGAGCGAUGAUAAUCAAGACGGCCAAUGGGGACUGGGCUCUAUUGGUGGCCUACUGGGCAGGUCUGAAGCGAGGUACACCAGGCUCAUUGUCAAGGCGUGGUGUCCCUGGGAGCCCAGGUCACCUAGUAGUUCGUGUGCAUUGUCCGCCCUCGGCACCAGCGAGCAUUAUUACCUUGCCAUAUGAGCAGCAACUGUACAGUUGUGACAUACAAGACCUCUACAUUGAUAUGCAUGAUGGAAUUUUUAAGGUAAGUGGAAACACAGAGGAGUGGGUGGAGAACAUAGCAUUGGGACUGAGUGUAACGGUACUACACAUUUUGUGCCAACCACGACACAUUCCAGAUGACGGCAUAGAUACAAUCGAUGGUCCAAGUGAUAAGCCCGUUGAUCUGCUAGCGUUGCCUCGGCGUAUACCAGUGGAGAACCUAAAGUUAAUAGGAGCCUUAGGGUUUUUCUGUGCUGCAGCACCCACCAAUGUCAUCCAUAGAAAUAGAGAUUCCAAUGGUACCUCUACUGCUUGUACAUUAGGGAUUAUAGCUGCAAAUGUUGGAGGAGGGUGUGGGUCUUGUGGCGGCUGUGGCGGUUGUGGGGGCGGCUAUUAUGCUACGUUUGGCGACCCAAGUGGCGGAGGGUGGGUUAGUGGUGGUGGUGGAGGAGUGGGAAGUGAUGCCUGUGUCGGUGAUGCUGGCGGUGAUGCAGGAAUGGAUGCAUUUGUUUGCAUGCUUGCAUCAAUGGCAAAUGAUGGUGGUGGUGAUGGAGGAGGUGAUGGGGGUGGUGAUGGAGGGGGUUGUGGUGGUUGUGGCGGUUGUGGAGGAUGUGGAGGGUAGUAUUGUAGGCUUGUCAUACAAAUGUGAUAAUUAUGGAGUGCCUUUUACACCACCCUUGCCUCCUAAAUGUCAUAAAAUCUGAUUGCUAUAUACAAGUAUAUUGUAUGUUGCAAAUGCCAGUGUAUGAAGAAUCUUAACUUGGUGCUGAUAAGAACUAUUAUGUGUGUAACCCAUUUUCUUGAACUUCUUACCGAAAGACAAAGGACCUUCCAACACAAGAAUGUGGGGAAACUGGGCAGUGAGCAUGAAUCAUGACAUUAGCCUCUAACCACUUGAACCUUAAGAAGACAUGCCAAGAAUACUGUCUUAUGAAACGCUAGAUGUAUUUCCUUGUUCUGCCUUCAUGCUGCCUAUUUGAAUUAUGAAUAUGUACACAUUCUUUUAUAUAAUUUGAAAUAUAUUUCAAGUUAUUUUUUUUAACGUGCGAAAGACAUUUAAUCUUGUGUAGAUUUGUAUGAUUGACUGUAUGAGUAUUAUUGGUUAUCGGCUAAUUGUACAUAGUAUUUUUAGAUUGUAAUUAAGCUAACAACGGUAUUUUUGUAGAUGGAAUGUUAAUACUUUGGUAUAAUUAAGCUGUAACUCUGUCUCACGUAGGCUGUAAAGCUUUAUAUAUGUUGUAAUAUAUUCUGUAAAGUAA